GUCUUUCCUGUUUCUUGGGCUCUCUCUCCCUCUCUCUCUUCCAGAUUAUCAUUUUCUUCUUCAAUGGAGUUGCCUAGUAUUCUCCAGUUUCUAGAGAGCAGGACCAUUUUAGUCACUGGUGCAACUGGCUUUCUAGCAAAGAUUUUUGUGGAGAAGAUACUUAGAGCUCAACCAAAUGUGAAGAAGCUCUACCUUCUUCUAAGAGCUGCAGAUGCCAAAUCGGCCUCGCAGAGGUUACACAAUGAGGUCAUAUCAAAGGACUUGUUUAGGGUUCUAAGGGAGAAAAUGGGGGCAAAUUUGAGCUCCCUUCUAGCCGAAAGGGUGACACCGGUGGCCGGAGACAUUAGCGCCAACGAGAACUUGGGCGUGAAAGACUUGAACUUGGUGGAAGAGAUGUGGAGAGAAGUGGAUAUAGUAGUUAACAUGGCCGCAACAACCAACUUUGAUGAAAGAUAUGAUGUGGCAUUGCAUCUAAACACAUUGGGAGCUAAGCAUGUUCUCGACUUUUCAAAGAAGUGUGCCAAGACAAAGAUGCUUCUCCAUGUGUCCACUGCUUAUGUAUCUGGUGAGCGGGGUGGGCUCAUAUUGGAGAAGCCCUAUCGCAUGGGUGAGGCUCUGAAUGGAGCCCCAGGGCUGGACAUUGACAUAGAGAAGAAAGUCGUGGAGACAAGAUUGAGCGAGCUCCAGCAAGUAGGAGCCACAGAGGGAGAAAUUACAACGGCAAUGAAGGAUUUGGGCAUUCAAAGGGCAAGGAAGUAUGGGUGGCCGAACACCUAUGUGUUUACAAAGGCAAUGGGAGAGAUGCUUUUGGGAGACUUGAAAGGAAAUCUACCCUUAGUUGUCAUUCGUCCCACCAUCAUAACUAGUACUUUCAAGGAACCUUUCCCAGGUUGGAUUGAAGGUGUCAGAACGGUUGAUAGCUUGUACAUUGGAUACGGCAAAGGAAAGUUGGCAUGCUUCCUUGGUGAUCCAGGAUCUAUAAUCGAUGUGAUCCCGGCAGACCUCGUGGUUAAUGCGAUGAUGGCGGCCAUGGCAGCUGAUUAUUAUGCAAUUAAUCAAGCAGCUGCAGGGGAUGAAGAGACCAUAAUAUAUCAUGUGGGUUCAUCGGUAGCUAAUCCCAUAAGAUUCACCAAACUCCAAGAUUAUGCCUUUCAUUACUUCACUAAGCAUCCUUGGAUUGGAAAAGAUGGAAAACCCGUCAAAGUUGGCAAGGGCACCGUGUUCAGCUCCAUGGAUAGCUUCCGCAGAUACAUGGCAUUUCGUUACGUCCUUCCACUCAAGGGAUUACAAUUAGUAAACACAGCAUUUUGUCAAUAUUUUCAAAAAAUGUACAUGGAUUUACGUCGAAAGAUCAACUUUGUGAUACGAAUGGCUGAGAUUUACCAACCUUACCUCUUCUUUAAGGGCAUCUACGAUGAUAUAAAUAUGGAAAAGUUGCAGAUUCUAGCACGCAAUGGUGACAAUGCUGAGAUAGAUGUGUUUUACUUUGAUCCCAAGAUCAUUAACUGGGACGACUACUUUAUGAACACUCACAUUCCUGGCAUGGUAAAGUAUGUGUUUAAGUGAUAAUUGCAUUAAAAAUUAAUAAACAUAUAUUUCUCUUUUUGAGAAAAUUAUAGAAUAUUACAUUAAGUCCUCAUAUAUAUAUAUAUAUAUAUACAUAUAUGUAUGCCACAAGAAGUUUACUAUCAAUAAGUAUAGUUGUAAGGAGUUUCGAUCGAAAUAAGAAGACUAUGAAAGGAAGUGCAUGGCAAGUGUUGCAUUGGAACCAAUGGAACCUACAUCCUCUUGAAGGAAGAACUUGUAUGCAUCCUUCUCUGCUCGCUUCUUGCAUCUGUGCAUUUUGGGCCUUAGGCAAGUCAUCCCUCCCGCCAUUCCUGGAUCAGGCCUAUCUCUGCCGCUGUCCAAUCCCAUGUCUACUUCAUCCAAUUCCCUGUACUGAAAAGGGCUUACAUAUCCACAGGGAUUUGGAGCAUCAUUUAUUUUCCUCCAAUCCAGAAAGGCAUGUGUCCUGGAGAUACCGGCAAAGUGCUUCAUUCAACCAUUUCAAUAGCUAACGCAAGUAACAUGAAAAUCUGUAUCUGUAUGGUUCUAAGUAGUAUCUGUAUCUGUAUGGUUCUAAUAUAAUUAUUAGAGGAAAAAAUUCAUAAAUGUCUUUAAAUAUAAUAUUAUGUGCCUCUAAAUUAUUUAAUAUGUGUUUUUAAUUAAUGAUGUCAAACGGUCAAGA